AUACCUUUAUAUUUUUGUGCGAUAAAAGCAUAAUAUCUGUUAUCUUUUAAAACAGUCGAACAUGUGUAACAGUGUAUAGAGAUAUGUGUGCACAAAAAUAGGCGUAAAAAUAUUGAUAUCUAUCCUACUCACCUUUCCUCAACCAGAAUUAAAAGUAGUAAUAAGCAAACUUCAUCAUCUUCAUACAUACAUACAUAUAUGGGUGGGGACAAGAUUUGGCACGAAUCACUGAUAACAAAAUUGCUGAUAAAGUAACAUAUAAAAUCUGUGGUACCAUACAUACGGUGUCAUUUCAUCUGAAAUGUAUUAAAAUCGGUGGUGUGGAGAUUCCUCACAAUUUCUGGUAGCAUUAGCGCGUUUCAUCGUUAUCUCUUCCUGUAAUAAGAAGAAAUAAAAGAUGAAGCAAUCACCUGUUAAGCGGUGGCCUCAAUACUUAGCAGCGAUUACAGCUACCAUAUCGCUAGCAGCUGCUGGAUCUCACAUAGGUUGGACAUCACCCACCUUACCAAUUCUGAAAUCACCCGAUUCCCACAUUCAGAUAACAUCCGACGACGCUUCCUGGAUCGCUUCGUUCUUUCUCCUCGGCACUAUACCUGGAUGCAUUCUGGCGGCCUUCAUCGUCGACUGGCUUGGACGGAAAAAGAGCUUGUUAAUAGGCGGCGGCCCUUUGUUGAUUGGUUUCGUUCUCGUCUAUGUAGCGUGGAAUCCCUACGUUCUCUAUGCUUCCCGUUUCAUCAGCGGCAUCGGUCAGGGCGUGGUGUACGUCGUCUGCCCGAUGUACAUCGGUGAGAUCGCUGACAAGGAGAUUCGAGGCUCUCUGGGCUCUUUCAUCAAACUAAUGGUUACCUUCGGGGAACUGUACGCCCACGCAGUCGGCCCGUACGUCACCUAUGAAAAACUCGCCGGGAUUUGCAUAUUAAUUCCGCUGCUGUUCUUAGUGGCCUUCGUCUGGAUGCCCGAGUCGCCGUACUAUCUACUGAUAAAAAAUCAACCGGACAACGCGAUGGCAAACCUGAAGAAGCUGAAGCGCUAUGCCACCAAAAAUGAGCUGGAUGAAGAGCUGGAGCAGAUGCAGAAAACAGUCGUCCGCGAUAUCAGCAACCGCGGUAGCAUUCGAGACUUGGUUGGCACACGUGGCAAUUUGCGCGCCAUCGUCAUCAGCUUAGGCCUGCAGUUGGUCCUCCAGUUCAGCGGCAUCGCUGCGAUCGAGUCGUACACGCAGGAGAUCCUUGAGGAGGGCGACUCAAGUAUCUCUGCGGCUACCGCCGUCAUCCUUCUGAGUGUGUUUCAGCUGAUCGCAGGUAUCGGCGCGGCGAUUCUCGUCGAUAAGCUUGGCAGAAGACCGCUGCUUCUAGGCACCACUUUUAGCGGCGGGAUCGCGCUAGCCAUCGCCGGCACUUUCUACUUCCUCAAAUUUCAACAAGGAUGGAAUACAGCAGGAUACGGUUGGAUACUCCAUUCUUCCGUGAUAUUCUACGAGCUGAUUAUCGCUCUCGGACUGAAUCCGUUAUCGUACAUGAUGUUGGGCGAGCUGUUCCCGACAAACGUCAAAGGCGCCGCUGUGUCACUGGCUAAUCUCUGGUCUUCCUUUCUGGCUUUCAUCGUCUCCAAAUUGUAUCAGAUAAUCUCUGAUUACUGUGGAGUGUACGCGGCUUUCUAUUGGUUCACCACCAGCUGCUUCUUGGGUUUUGUAUUCAUCCUGUUUAUCGUGCCCGAGACCAGAGGCAAGUCACUAUUAGACAUCCAGGAGGAGUUAAAUUGCAAGAAGAAAAAUCGGACGCAGAAGACCAACAAGGAUGCAGAGACGAACAAGGAACAAAUUUACAUAAGUACAAGACUUUAAGCUGAUAGACGGAAGUAAGAUGUUUUACAUGAAUUUACACAUGAUAAUUUCUAAACAAUAGGGAUAAGCAACACGAUGGUCUCAGAUUAUGGAAUAUUUGACAGAGAGCCGAUUUUUUAAUCAAUUGAAUGAGCAAUGUUUUCAACAUUUAAAAUCAAGUGUAAUAUUUCGGUACAAAAUUGUCGCUUUGAUAAGGAAAAACAACGUAUUACCGUUUGCAAAAUUAAAAUAAAAGCAAGAUAUUACUGCUUGCUAAUUAUUUACUACAGCCGAAAAAUAUUCUCUGUCAAAGGUUUCAUGAAUUUAUUGGCGCUUUUUUACGAAAAAUUUGAAAGAAAAUUUUGAGAAUCUCUACAUCAUUAACAAAAUCUCUCUUCAAUCGAUGUCGCAUUUUGAUUGAAGUUUAUUUCUAAAAUAUUUUUUUAGUUUUCACAUUUUAUAUCAUAAUGUGAUAAAACUCAAGUAUGAAACUCAAGCUGAAGAUAAAACGAUAGGCAUUAGAGUUUGAAGGAAAAAAUUCCUCAGAUAAAAGUUAGCUUAUAAGAUUUUAGUGCUUAAGAAAGGGCCCUUAUAUUCGAGUAGGUGCUUCGAUCGAAGUAACGAAAUCGCUAAAAGAGCAUUUCCCGAUCGAGAUAUCAUCGUAUGAUACUAUAUUUGGAAAGAAACUCCGCACUUCAUGAUAAUGAGAUAGCUGCUUCAAUGAUGCUUAAACAUACGUGCCAGGAACAGCGUGUCAUUUUGUCACUUGUGCAAACAUAUAUCUUAAUAUCUUAAAAAUCUCUUUAAACAUCUUAAUUCAAUAGAAUUUAUCAAACUACGUAGAACUUGCCAGAAAGAUAACGAUGUAAAUUUAAUGUCGUUAUUAAUUAGCAUUUAAUGCUGAUAAUACGUAAAAAUUGGUUCCUUUAUUUACGCACGAGACGUUUAAUAGACGAAAUUUCGGAAUUUUAGCAGUUGUCUGUGUGAUUAGUGUGUAUUUUUAUCCGCGGAAUGAAAUCAACUUACCAAAGAUCGGUUACACUUGAACACACACACAGUGUGUCUGUACGUUUGCUGUAAACGAAUGUAAAACAAAGUAUUGACUCAGCAACCGUACAAAUAAUUGUUUAUUUAUUCUUUUAAUUUUGAAAUGUUUAUAAUUACGAUGUUAACUCGAUCGGGAAAAAGAAUCUCCUAGAAUAAUGAGAAUAAUGAGAAUUUACAAUGUGCUCGGUGGAUUGUGAAAAACCGUUUUUGUAAAAUUGCUUCUUCGGAAUCCACCGUGCACCCAACGUGCGGUAGCUAGGGCCCCAAGCAUGGCAGAGCAAUCUCGCAUGACCAUCUUUUUUUCCCCUUUUAGGCAGGGUUAAACCGAAGUUUGAGACUGAUAGCUUUUAAUUAAUCGUAAAGUAUUUAUUAGUCGCCUCGAAUAAACGCCGAACGGGCAAAAAACAUCUGACAGAUGCCGACAAGAAACGUCCGUCACUUUAAUUCUGCAAAAGAAUAUGCAUUAUGUACAUAGAAUCUUUUUGAUAUAUCUCGGGUUUUAAACUUACCAUAAAGAAUCUCUGAGAACGCAAGAAUAAUAUAGCAUGGAAUUAAAAUAAGAUGGAAAAUCUCUGAAAGUAAAAAAGAAUGGCAGGAUCCUGUUCGGCGCGAUAUCACGGCGAUUAGGAACAUCUUCCUUAUCCCUUUCAGGCAGGGUGCAAUACAAACAACACGAUAUAACGCUUACGAUUAAACGUUAUUGAAGAAUAUAGCGCGUGUGAUUCGCGCGUAUCCGCAACGGGUACGUGCGCACGCCUAUGGCCCUGAUGCAAGAAGGAUUUAGACGAGCACUGCGGCAUGACUAACUUAUAUUUCCCUUUCAGGCAGGGUGAGACAUACGUUGUAAAAGAAAAAAAUAUAUAAGUAUAAGUAGCUUCGGCGUAGAAUAUAACUGUGGCCCGUUAUUAGAGUUAAAGAAAACAUUCGCGCUUCAAACGCGUGCUAUAAACUUACCGGAAUAACCGGGUGCGUGCUCGCGUGCGUAAGUGGCCGCCAAUAAUAAAGCGGUCGUUCGACUGACACGAAGAAUCCGAUUGGUUUCAUAAUCGGGUUAACGGCGCCCCGAACGAAGGGGCGGGGCGGGGAAUUUUAUUUUUGCCCCUACUGACGCGAUCCACCUGUUACGUGAACUGAGAAAUAUAUGCGGCUAUGUUUGACAAGCAAACAGUCGGCGGCGCAUGAAUGGACAACGUCUACGCUCGCUGCAAAUGUAAUUCAUGUAACAUGGAUCAUUCGUUUCUAUUGUCACGGCUACGUUGCGUUAGCGCAGCACGCUAUAAUUAAUAAGCUACACCUUAACUCGAGCGUCAAGUAUGUUCGCGCUAUUGCACGACUCUCUACAUGUAUGUCCCUUUUAGGCAGGGUUGAAAGACUAAUCGAAUUUUCGAUUACACAGAUUUCUACGAUGUAGAAGUUUGCAAUAAACGUUGACAGUAAAGAAAAAAAAUGACUCACCGUUCAAUCUGCAACCGACGAGCGAGAUCCUUUUCCACAAUCCCGUGCACCUGCAAUUGUCCUA